UCACACGGGGUCGAGACAGUUUUCGCGUAGGAACGAAGGGGUAUGGCUCAAUGCGGCUGCGCAACGAUUUAAAGUAGUGUCUCAUCAUCAAACAGCGAAACUGCUUGCGAGGAACGUGAUUUUCCGAUUUUUACGGCUGUCAAUUGAUUUUUUUAAUGGGCUGGCAAUAGUGCAUAUGACUAGGAGGAAUUUGUAGUGAUUUUUUAAGGAUUUAUCAGUGAUGACACCACGUGUUGUGCUUGUGGAACGUGAUAAAAUGUGGUUUUGAGGCGAGAAUUGUUCCAGCAACAAGCUACCAGCGUAUGUGGUGUUAUCUGAAUGCGUUUCCUGCGCACAGACGUCUUUUUCCCACCGCCAUCAGUGAAAAAAAAAAUGCUCGAGGAAUGCUCAGUGGAAAGAGAACGUAAUUUCCUCAGUUGUUCUUGAGACAGUUGGAGUGUGCAGCUCUAUGGAAAUUUAUCAUCCUUUGACUUCAUUCAAAUUUCAAGUGUUGACACAAAAGUAUAACAGACAUUGAGAAGCAGUUUCCCGGAUAAUAAAUCAAGCAUUUUCAGUUAGUAACGCGACAAGUUAGACAUUAAUAAAAGUAAAUUUUUCAACUUUUUAUAAUUUUGAUUGGAGCAUCAUCUUUUUUUUUAUGAUGUGAUUAUAGCGGACACUGAAUGAUCAACACAUCAUUAACGACAGAUUAGUUUAUCAGGAGUAUGAUUAACAUCUCCAAGAUUAUGAACAUCGCAACAGCCGAAAAUUUUAUCAAUAAGUGACGUAAUAAAACAGGAUUUUGAUAAUAUAUCGGAUUUACGUGGGCUUAAACAUGAAAAUCAAAUAGUUACGGUGAUAAUGUGAAAUGUACGCUCCCUGGAGACCAUUACCGUUCAGUGGUACCUAAUCCACUGGAUCCAUCGGUCACAGUCGAUCUCUCGAUUAUUUCCGGUGUCGAAUAUUUUAUUUACAUUUUUUUUUUGCCUUGUGAAUUUGGGAGGGGGAGAGGGGGAAAAUCAUUCCCCGUGACCUCGUGGGAGUUGAGUUGAGUUGAAUUGAGUGCUGCGUGCCACGUGCGAGUUCUCAGAGGAAUAAUGGCCCACGCUGUCGAGGAUCCCGAGAAGAAGCAGAAAAGGAAGGAAAAUCCGGACGGAACUGUUGAUCUGUACGAGCCCGCACCACCCCCCGACGGGGGGUGGGGCUGGGCUGUCGUCUUCGCCUCUUUCAUGAUACACAUCGUCACGGAUGGUGUGACCUACUCAUUCGGUGUAUUUCACGUUGAGCUACGCAAUUAUUUCCAAGCGGGAGACGGCGCCACAGCGUGGAUCGCCUCUAUUCUCGUUGGAAUUACCUUGUGCUCUGGACCAAUUUCCAGUAUUUUUGUCAACAAAUAUGGCUGUCGUCUGGUUACAAUUUCCGGUGCAAUUCUCGCUAGCAUUUGCCUCUUAAUAAGUUACUUCGCCCAGAGCAUAAUUAUCCUGUACUUCACAAUUGGUUUGGGAACAGGUCUUGGAUUCGGCCUUGUUUAUCUCCCGGCAAUAGUCUCGGUCACCUGCUACUUCGAGAAACUACGGUCCUUGGCCACUGGAAUAGCCGUUUGUGGAUCUGGUCUUGGUACUCUCGUUUUUGCACCCUUUAUUGAAUAUCUAAUUGGAGAAUUCGGAUGGAGGGGCUCUAUGCUUAUUACAUCUGCACUCGUGCUCAAUUGUAUUAUUUUUGGGAUCAUGUUCCGACCCCUAGAGCCAGUGCGAAAGAUAAUGGACAUUCCUAUGAUGGAAUUGACAAAACCUGAGGAGUCAGGAACGUUGAAGGUUCCCCAGACAAAUGGACUGUCAGCUAAUGGGUUUAUCAGACCCCACAGCGUGACAAACAUCAAUCACCCAAAAUAUCACUUGAUUCCUGGUAACGAGGAAUCAUCAAAUCUUAUGAGAAUUGCAUUGAGCCAACCAGUCCUUAUUUCCAAGACUGGACACGUCCAACGAUCCAGGGACUUUGGUAGCGGCCUCAUGCAGAGAAAGGAUAUUCUUUAUCAGAGGAGCAUCGAAAAUAUUCGGAAACGAUCAGCGUCCUUGGGAUGUCGUGACCUGCACGUCGCACUCAGGGGAUCGCUGUCAAGUCUUCCCAAUGGGAUAGAUGAAAAACAGGGACAGAAUAAUAAUUCCAAGCACACAAAACCACUGAGUGCUUUUCAACAAAUACUACAACUCUCGUUACUCAAGGAUUCCGUAUUCCUGCUGUUUGUUUUCUCAAACUUCUGCACAAGCAUCGGAUUUAAUGUGCCUUAUGUGUAUAUUAUAGGUUUAGCUGAAGGAGUACAAAUAUCGAGGGAGUCAGCCUCAUAUUUAUUAUCGGUAAUUGGUAUCGCCAAUACUGUGGGACGUAUUGUCUUGGGCUACGUUUCCGAUAAGCCCUGGAUAAAUCGUCUAGUUGUCUACAAUAUCUGCCUGACCAUUUGUGGCGUUUCAACAGUAUUAGGAGCCUUUUGUUCUUCCUACACAUGGUUCGUUAUUUAUGCGUCUGUGUACGGAUUUACGGCUGGUGCCUACGUGGGACUCACGUCUGUGAUUUUAGUGGACUUAUUGGGUCUAGACCUUUUGACUAAUGCUUUUGGGUUAUUACUACUAUUUCAAGGAUUUGCAUCGCUAUUGGGACCCCCCAUCGCUGGAUGGCUUAGAGAUGGAAUAGGCUCCUACCGACCUGGUUUCGUUGGAGCUGGGGUCAUGAUCGCUGUCAGUGGUCUCAUAUUAUUCUUAAUACCUUUUUUACAGAGGAAAACCAAAAGAAAAGAGGAAAGAACGAAUGGUCUAGUUGUACAAUGCUAGGGAAAUGAAUAAAUACGACGUUUUAUUAA